AUGAACAAGUCCCAAACGCAAACGCACCCUUCUUCACCGCUGAAACAAACGAUCGCGGUUGCGUCAAUCGCAGCUGGUAUACAAUUCGGAUGGGCACUACAGCUUUCGCUUCUCACUCCUUACGUUCAGCUUCUAGGAAUCCCUCAUAAAUGGGCUUCACUCAUAUGGCUUUGUGGGCCCAUUUCUGGAAUGUUAGUCCAGCCCUUUGUUGGUUACUAUAGCGAUCGCUGCGUUUCGCGUUUUGGUCGCCGUCGUCCUUUCAUCGCCGCCGGAGCUGUACUCGUCGCAAUCGCCGUCGUCCUCAUAGGCUACGCAGCUGAUAUCGGCGUAAUCCUCGGAGAUCGCGUAGAUUCGACUCCGAAAUCAAGAGCAAUCACUGUUUUCGCCAUCGGAUUCUGGAUCCUCGAUGUCGCUAACAACAUGCUUCAAGGACCUUGUCGAGCUUUACUCGCUGAUCUCUCCGGUAAAAGCGGGAAGAAGACGAGAACCGCGAACUCUUUCUUCUCCUUUUUCAUGGCCGUCGGAAACGUUCUCGGAUUCGCCGCCGGAGCUUUCACUCAUCUGCACGACGCGUUUCCUUUCACGAUGACGAAAGCUUGCGAUGUCUAUUGCGCGAACCUCAAGAGCUGUUUCUUCUUCUCGAUCUUUCUUCUGAUUACCUUAACCGUUCUCGCUCUCUGCUACGUCGAAGAGAAACAAUGGUCGCCGGAGACGGAAGUAAAAGACGGAGAAGAAAACGAAAUAACGGAGGAAGUAACGGCGCCGUCAAGAGUAGUUAAAGUUCCGUUAGUUGGGGAAUUAUUUGGUGCGGUAAAGGACAUGGAAAGACCAAUGGUUAUGCUUUUAGUGGUGACGUGUCUUAAUUGGAUUGCUUGGUUUCCUUUCCUUCUUUUCGAUACUGAUUGGAUGGGAAGAGAAGUAUACGGUGGUGAUUCGGGAGGAAACGACGGUGAUCGGCGCGUGUAUAAUAUCGGCGUACGCGCCGGUGCGUUGGGGCUGAUGCUUAAUUCCGUCGUGCUUGGAUUCACGUCGCUUGGAUUAGAGUGGUUGGCUCGUCGAGUCGGUGGUGUGAAACGGUUAUGGGGAAUCGUGAAUUUUAUUCUAGCGUUCUGUUUGGGAAUGACGGUGGUGAUUACGAAGUUGGCUGAAUCUAGCCGCCGUGGCUCCGCCGUGUUAGAGACGGUUUCGCCGCCGGUUGGUGUUAAGAUUGGUGCUUUGUCGCUCUUCGCUCUGCUCGGUGUACCUCUAGCUAUAACUUACAGCAUUCCAUUCGCUUUGGCAUCAAUAAUUUCUUCAUCUUCUGGAGCUGGCCAAGGACUCUCGUUGGGGGUUUUAAAUCUUGCAAUAGUUGUACCACAGAUGGUGGUGUCGGUUGGAGCAGGACCGUUUGAUGAGAUGUUCGGAGGAGGGAACAUUCCAGGGUUUGUGUUGGGGGCAGUGGCUGCGGCCGUGAGUGGAGUUUUAGCGCUCACCGUGCUGCCUUCUCCGCCGCCGGAAGCUGAUAUUCUCAAAGUUACUGCCGUGGGAGGACAUUAA